AUGGAAUCUCUGCUUAUAUUGAAUACUACACGAGGCAUAAAGAAAACUGUAAGGUUCAAUAGAACAAUGGCAGGCUGCGGCCGGGCAACACGAGACGGGCUUUCCGGCGAAGGCUCAGACGAGCCGCCGCUUACUGGAGAGAGGCACGCCCAUCACUAUGUACAACCACGCACGGCUACACCACACAGGCUAGGAUUGAACCGCGUUUAUAUAAAGAGUUCAGAGGGUCUCGAAAAUAUGAAUGAGUCGGGGUAA